AAUGAAGUAAAAAGGAGAGAAGACUAGAAAAACAAGGAGGAAGCGAGUCCACACGAACGCGCAGAAAAAGGUCAAAGAGGGUUCCUUAAAUAAAAAGGUUGGUUCCUCGUGAGAAAGCCUUUCCCUUUGAUUUCUGUAGAGAGAUGGGUGCUUCUGCUUCGGUUCCCGAGAGAUCCGUCCAUCAAUUCACUGUAAAGGAUAGCUCCGGCAAGGACCUGAAUUUGAGCAUUUACCAAGGAAAAGUCCUCCUCAUCGUCAAUGUUGCUUCCAAAUGCGGUUUCACCGAAACAAACUAUACCCAGCUCACCGAACUUUACCGGAAAUUCAAGGACCAAGAUUUUGAGAUCUUGGCAUUCCCUUGCAACCAGUUUCUAUACCAGGAGCCCGGCACAAGUCAAGAUGCUCAUGAAUUUGCCUGCACACGCUUUAAGGCCGAAUACCCUGUUUUCCAAAAGGUACGCGUAAACGGUCAAAACGCAGCACCACUCUAUAAAUUCCUGAAGGCAAGUAAACCCACCUUUCUGGGUUCCAGGAUAAAGUGGAACUUCACCAAGUUCUUGGUCGGCAAAGAUGGCUUAGUGAUUGAUCGUUAUGGCACGAUGGUUACACCGCUAUCAAUCGAGAAAGACAUCAAGAAAGCUCUUGAAGACGCUUGAAAACAACAGACGAGAUUGCCGAAUAACAUCACAGUUAAUUUUGUAAUGUAAAUUGCAGCUUUUAUGUCGAAAUUUCUUUUUGACAAGUUUCUCUGUUUAGUGUAUUCGAAAAGAAGUCCUUUUGGGAGAGUAGGUUGCUGUUUUCAUUUUUUUCCCAAAAACUAUUCUUAAGUUUCCGGAGUUAUUGAUUGUUAUUGAUACCCCACCAAGUGAUAAUUGAUUUUGGAAUUAGGGAUGCAUC